CAACCACCAUAAGAUCAGCAGCUCAAUUACCAAAACCCCAACCAGAAGCGUGAAACGGCCGAUUAAUUUGCCAACCCGUGAAGCCUAAAAUCGUCAAUUCACCACCCAACCUUCUCUCUUCUUUUGGGCACGAAAAAAAACUCACAAGUCACACAACUCACAACUCACUACUCACGAUCGAUGUCGUAAAAUCGGAGAACUUUGUAUCAUCUGCUUAACCACGACGACAAAGGAUUUGAAUUGAGCACAAGCUUUCAUGCGCUGAUCUCAAUCGGAAAAACCAUGUUUUAUCGAAUCGGACGGUCGGUGUAUCGCUCAUCUCGCGCAUCGACAAACAAAGGUGCUUUCUCGGGCAGUUAUGGGCUGCGGUCUGCGGUCCCGGCGGAGUUUUCGUCGGGGAAUGCGGUCAUUUCGUGCGAACACGGGGGUCUAGGGUUGGUGAGGAGCUAUUUGACGUCGAUUGGAGGUGGUAAACAAGUAUCGAGGAGUAAUUUGUUCCAGGAAUUCAAGUCAGUGUUUGGAAACCCUAGCCUGCGAAGGACGUUCUGCAGUGAAGCGCCUAAGAAGAAGAAAUACGAAAACUACUAUCCAAAGAACAAGUCUGAAAUCCCGAAAGAAAACAAUCAGAAGUCUAGGGCCGAUGGGGCCAAAGAGGACUCAGGAGCAGGUGAACAAUGGAGCAAUUCCGAAAUGUCGAAGUAUAUUCAAAAUUACCUUCUUCCCUCGUUGUUGAUUGCGUUUGUGCUUUCAUCAAUAAUUGGUAGUCCUAAUGACCAGAAGCAGAUAAGUUUCCAAGAAUUCAAGAACAAGCUACUUGAACCUGGCCUGGUGGAUCACAUAGUUGUUUCGAACAAGUCAGUCGCAAAGGUAUACAUAAAGAAUUCACAGCCUAAUGGCAACUCAACCAAAGUCGACUCUGUUCAGGGUCCAGUUGGUCAAACGAAUGAUAGAAAAACCCCGAGCCAUUAUAAGUAUUUUAUCAACAUUGGAAGUGUGGAAUCUUUUGAGGAGAAGCUGGAGGAAGCCCAGGAAGCAUUAGGAAUCGACCCUCACGAUCAUAUCCCGGUCACUUAUAUGUCUGAGAUGAAUUGGUUCCAAGAACUCAUGAAGUUUGGUCCUACAUUGUUGCUUUUAGGAACUAUCAUAUACAUGGGAAGGAGAAGCGGGAUUGGUAUUGGUGGUCCUGGUAUGAAGGGCGGCCGUGGAAUCUUCAAUAUUGGAAAAGCUCAUGUCACGAAGAUGGAUAAAAACUCCAAGAAUAAGGUCUUCUUCAAAGAUGUAGCCGGCUGUGACGAGGCGAAACAGGAAAUCAUGGAGUUCGUGCACUUCCUUCAGAACCCCAAGAAAUACGAGGAGCUAGGCGCGAAAAUCCCAAAAGGCGCUCUCCUCGUGGGCCCUCCCGGGACAGGGAAAACCCUUCUCGCUAAGGCAACUGCAGGCGAAUCCGGCGUGCCUUUCCUCUCUAUAUCGGGUUCGGAUUUCAUGGAGAUGUUUGUCGGUGUGGGGCCCUCUAGAGUUCGGAGCCUCUUCCAAGAGGCAAGGCAGUGUGCCCCGAGCAUUGUUUUCAUCGACGAGAUAGACGCAAUUGGCCGGGCCCGCGGCCGUGGAGCCUUCUCGGGAGGAAAUGACGAGCGCGAGAGCACGCUGAAUCAGCUGCUCGUCGAGAUGGACGGGUUCGGGACGACAGCUGGCGUUGUCGUGCUGGCGGGCACUAACCGGCCCGAUAUUUUGGACAAGGCCUUGUUGAGGCCCGGGAGGUUUGACCGCCAGAUCACCAUUGAUAAGCCUGAUAUAAAGGGCCGAGACCAGAUAUUCCGUAUCUAUCUGAACAAACUGAAGCUUGACCAGGAGCCUUCGUAUUACUCGCAGAGGCUUGCGGCCCUGACUCCAGGGUUUGCUGGGGCCGACAUUGCUAAUGUCUGUAACGAGGCGGCUUUGAUUGCUGCUAGGACCGAGAGUUCGAUUAUCACUAUGCAGCACUUUGAGUCGGCUAUCGACCGUGUGAUUGGGGGUCUUGAGAAGAAGAACAAGGUUAUCAGCAAGAUGGAGAGGCGGACAGUGGCUUACCACGAAUCAGGCCACGCUGUUGUCGGCUGGUUUCUAGAACACGCCGAGCCGUUGCUAAAAGUCACGAUUGUCCCUCGUGGGACCGCAGCUCUCGGUUUUGCUCAGUAUGUUCCGAACGAAAACCUUCUCAUGACGAAAGAGCAGCUCUUUGACAUGACAUGCAUGACCCUUGGGGGACGUGCAUCUGAGCAGGUCUUGCUGGGAAAAAUAUCGACAGGGGCCCAAAACGACCUUGAAAAGGUAACUAAAAUGACGUAUGCCCAGGUGGCAAUCUAUGGUUUUAGCGAGAAAGUCGGUUUGCUGUCCUUUCCUCAAAGGGAGGAUGGUAUGGAGAUGUCAAAACCGUACAGCAGCAAAACAGCUGCCAUUAUAGAUAAUGAGGUCAGGGAAUGGGUCGGGAAAGCAUACACCCGAACAGUGCAAUUGUUAGAGGAGCACAAGGACCAUGUGACCAAGAUUGCCGAGCUGCUGCUCGAAAAGGAAGUCUUGCAUCAGGAUGACUUGAUUCGAGUUCUUGGGGAGCGCCCGUUUAAGUCAAGUGAGCCCACGAAUUAUGAUAGGUUCAAGCAAGGGUUUGAGGAGGAAGAAAGAAAGGAGAGUGGAGAUAGUAAAACCGUGGAGGAUAACAAUGAGGGGUCGCGCUCGAGCCCUCUGGAGCCCGAGAUUGUUCCAGCUUGAUUGAUUUGUGGGUCAUUGUGUUAAGAUUAUUUGUAAAAGGAUUCUCUCUCUCUCUCUCUCUCUC